AUGGACAUCGUGCCGUUCACAACGGCCGCGGGCAACAACGGUGACGGUGGUAUUGGUGGUAGACAGGAGCAGGAAGCGAACCAGUACUUCUUGCAUUUGUUGCAGGAGAAUACUCAGGUGAACUUGUUCCUGAAUGACCCCCGCAUUCAAAGUGCCUUGGAGCUUCGCGCGGAACAAAGACAUCGAUUUGCAUUGGACAACGUGUACGCCGAAGCCAACGCAUACAUUGCACACCUAGAGGCAACAGCGGAUGCGAAUCAUCGUCAACAGCUAGCAUUUGUGAGCCAAUCCACACACCUGUUGGUGGGACAGCUACACAAUGAAGUACGAGUGCUAGAGACAAUCGCCCGAGCAGAACGACAAUCAGCCAAUGAGCUGCAGGCACAGCUGGCACGCGCACAAAGGGAAAGUCAAGAUGAAAGGUCUAUGGCCAUGCAGUUUGAUGCACAUCGAUCCGAGCUGGAAGCAGCAGCGCGCACGCUCACUGCGGAAAACAGACAGCAUGAACGCCGUUUCGCGGAAUUGCGCUCGAGUAUCGAAGAAAACCACAGUGAGAUGAUUGCCUUUUUAGGGUCUGAGUUUGAGGAAAAGCUUCAAUGGGAAGAGAAUGAGUACUACCAUAGGCUAACCUCUGAGGCACAGCAGUACGAUAGCUUGGUUGAUGACCUGCAGGACAGGAACGCGGAGCUUAUAGCUGAGGUCGACUCACUCAGGACUGUCUUGUCGACAGCGGAGAGUAGCCCGCCGCAAGGUGGUGCCGUGCCGGUGAAAGUCGAUCCCAGUGAGAGCUCCAAACUUCAACCAAGCCCACCGCAAGGUGGUGCCGCAGACAAGCCCUGCUACGCUUUCCAGCGUGGGAAGUGCCCACGAGGUGAUAAGUGCCCAUACAAGCACGUGAAGCUUACUCCUGAACAGACAAGGGGCAGAACACCUCCACGUACCCCUUCGAGAAAAGGUGGAGGUAAAGGCGGUAAAGGUGGGGAGAAGAAGGACACCUCCAAGAUCCCUUGCAUCUUUUUCCCCAAAGGCACCUGCAAGAACGGUAAGAAUUGCCCAUUCAUGCACAAGGAUGCCGCACCCUCUGUCCCGGCCAAAGGCGAUAAGGCUGGCAAGGACGGGAAGAGAUCGCCCUCCGGCAAGCGCAGGUACAAGUCUGCGGAGCUAUGCCCACCAUCAAUUCCAGAGGACACCGAAGAAGCUUUGCAGAAUGCCCGUGUCGGGGUAGAGAAGGAUUCUGCAUUCACUGCAAAGAAGCAAUUCCCCUGCCCCAACUUGCUGCAGCGGACCAUUGAUGGCAUGCUUAGCGGCAAAGUCCUCAGUCCAGCUGGCGCGGCAGAAGAUCCCAUCGAAAAGAUGGCGAAUUGCAUUCCUCCCAUUCCUGGGGUGGAAACGAGGUAUAGAAUCCGGACUACUUGGGGAUUCAAGGAUGACGUGUGGUCUUUGUUGGAGGAUUCAGUCAACAUUGACGAAUUGGACGGAAUCUAUGGGGAAGCGCAAGCCGACAGCGAUGUCGAGCCAUACACAAUGCCAAAGUCUAAGAAGGAUGAACAACUUAGCGAAGACCUGGAUGAAAUGUUCCCAGAGCUAUUUGGUCCUGAUCGUGAUAAAGAUCCUCCGCCGAAGGACGCGAAAGAAGCCACCCGCAAGGGUGAGUCAAAGUCUGAUUCCCGUGCAGCAUUGCUUGAUGAUGUUCCGUUCUCUGUGAAGCAGAAGCUGAAGUCCAGCGCAGCAGUAGCAGCGCAAGAACCACCGUAUGGUUAUACGUGGAGUGGGGAAUGUUUGGUCAAGAAGAACAACAAGAACCGCCCUAACGCUAUUGAUCAUACUGCAUGGAAGGCUAUGUCGAAAAGACAAAGAGCAACAGCAAUUGCAGAACAUGAGAAGAAGCUACAUGAGGAGAAUGAGGCACUGUAUCGUGAAGCUGUAAAGGCGGAUUGGUGGGACGGCGAAACCUACUUCGACCUCGCAGGCCGGGAACAGUCUGAUUUCGAGCUGGCAGUUGCAGCUGCCCGCAAGGGCAAGCCGGUUGGGCAUUUCAAGCUACUGAAUGUUGGUACAGCCGAACAAGUGGCGGAUGUGUUCACGAAGCCUUUCACUGAAAAGAACAAGUGGACGCAUGCCUUGAAGCUUAUUGGACAUACAACCAGCGCGAAUGUAGCCGGGUGCAAACCCGAGUCGAAGGUCGAGGUCGACAACAAGGUUUCGGUAGCAGCAGCUCCGGAUGCAUCAAAGGUUGUCGAGGACUUCGCUAAACAAUCGUUCGAGGCUAACGAUUACAGCUUCAAGACCUUCGAGAAGCUAGCCCGCAUCCACACGGAUAAGUACAAUCAGAAAGAAUCGUACAACCUGACGUUCUCCUUCGCUGGUUCUGAUCUUCUCGACUUGCCCGAAGCGACUUCUACGAUCCCCAAGAUGGCAGCCAUCGUUGUGAGCGACGAGUUCUGCAGGGUCAACACCUCCGAAGCAGACAGGAAUGGAGUUACCAAGGCCAUGAAAGCCAUUCUCCAAUCCGCCGCCCUCAACAACGAUAUCAUUUCGCUCGGCGCCGAUCAUGAGAGCCAGCUCUUGGAGUCGGCGUACAGCUGCGUAUCCACACAAUGCGCGGCUGGGGUAUCCUUGACCCAUGCCGACGCAACCUGUGUGGCUCUGCGCCAGAUGGCUGACCUCAGUGACGAGGGACUCGCCAAGUUGAAGCCAACCGCAAGGUUGAGCCCCAAGGCCAAGCGAGCCAUCAUAGUCGUGUCAGACAGCUCCACUGCACUCUGCAAGAAGAACAGGCGGGGAGUGUUCGUCAAGGCCGACUUGGAUGCGGAAGUGAACAUCGCAAGCUGGACGCUGGGAUGGGCACAGACUCGCUACACCAUGUGUUGGGGUAAAACCUUGGCGUGGAUUGUCUGGCAGGUCGAGGAGCAUGUGAAGGAGCUCCGGAGCAACUAUCCGGACCACACCAUCGACGUGAUCUGCUGGUGGUGCGGGAACGAGAUCUCCGGCCAGUGGGGCUGCAUCCCCACGCGGCUAGGACCGGGACUCGCCUACAGAGAUCCCAAUGUCACAACGGAGACCGUCGCACGGAAAGUGAGAAGGGCAGCGGAUGUUUUAGCCGCCCUCGCGGGCGAGCCGGACAUUGGUUUUGUGAAGGUGAUUGGGCAGGUGGAGGCGGACUUGUUCCAACUCCACUCAGCCUACAACGACUUCAAUGCCGCUAUGUUCGAAGAGUUCAGGCAGCGCGGUCUGCAAGUGCAAACCGCGAGCUCCUUGGUCGAAAAGCUGGAAAUGUAUGACAGCUUUCACGCCAGUGAAGACCCUCGCAACCGCGAGUUAUUCCAGACCUACUUGCAUGCGACUUUCAAUGCAAGCAGGAGCGAAUGGCUUGCCCAGAAGAUGGCACCCUGUGUCAGGGCUUUGCUUGUUCGCUAUGAGCACUUUGAGACUGGCUCCGGUGCCAACAAUCCAGUGCUCGAGGAUGUCUUCAAGCAGUGGCGUGCGGAGAAGGACCAGCUUAUGAACCCGAAACAGGCAAAGCCAAUGCCGGUCACCCAGGAGGACAAGAUGUGGGAAGCCCCAGAUGCCGCUGACGCAACCGACGUCACUAAGAUCUCCGAGGGGCCACCCAUGGAUAAAGCCAUCCGCAAGGAUGUGCCAAGGAUCGGUGCAACCACUGAUGUUAGUGCUGUUGCGGAGUGCGUCAAUGACAUUGUCACCCAGGACGCAGAUGGUAAGGUGUCCUACAAUACCCCGGGCACGGUGGAACUGGUGGAUGAGGGCGACCAAGUCGACCCCAUCCCAUCAUCGAUUGGACGUGUUGUUGAGCCAGCGCCUCCGAAGAAGACUAAGAAGUCUGACCGAGACGAGGACGCCAUGCGAAGGCUCAUGUUCAUUGAUGAAAGCGCCCCGCAAGGGGCUGCCACUGUGCCAGAGCUUCCGAAUGAGUACUUCUACAACGGCAAGAAGCACUUGAUGAAGCCCUUCAACCCGGAGGACAUUGUGGGAGACAGGCACGUGACAUUCAAACACGGUGACCUGAAGUUCCUCACCAAGCUGCUGCGUGGCCAUGAAAUGGACGACUUCCCUGCAUUGAUCUUUGACCGUGGGUGCUGGGCAGACGUUGACACUCUGCUCCAGGUCUUCAACACGGCACGGAACGCACGCUGGGGUGUGAGGCAGCUGCUACGCGCAGCGAAAGCCGAUACUAAGGGACGGAUCAGACUUUUGGGCAUUGAUGUCCCCAUGAAGGACACCCUGGGUCAGCCGCUAUUCCCUGUCCGGGUGAGGAUGGCCCAAGGGCACAACUCCAAGCUCAUUGGCAAUAACCCGGACGCGGACUUCUUCCUCGCGACCAGGUUCUACAGCGGAUUGUCCGAGUACGAGGCCGACCUGCAGAGCAGCGUCAGGGGGGUCACUGUGCUCUCCCGCGAGGAUACCCCCCCGAAGCUCUUCCACCGCACGAAUGAAAAGGGAAUGAAGGGUAUCCUCCGCGAUGGUAUGAUCGCCGGCUCCGCGAGGUCAGACAGGUCCCACAACUACCUGUCCCCGUACAAGUUGGACGACACUCACUACAAGAGUGGAACGCGCUCCAACCAGCCGAUUGAGCUGACGAUAGACACGCAGCGAGCGAUCGCCGCUGGAUGUGUUUUCUUCGUCACGGAGACCGACGGCGUCCUCACACGGGACAAUGUGCCUCCCGAUUGCGUGCUGUCCGCCAUCGACACCAGCAACAAGAACCUCCCGCUCUAUGUCGCCGAGCACAAAGAAGCCGCCCGCGAGGGUGAGCCAGAGCGCAUUUUCCGCGCCAAGCGCGACUAUGAGGAGGCCGCAGCAGCAAGCUCAUCAUCGGCACCGCCCCCAAAACAGGCGGCUAUCGCUCCCAAAGCGAUUGCUUCAAAGAAGAUGCCGAAGGUGGUUCCCAAGCCCGCCGCAAUCGCCGAGAAAGACGAAAGCAUGGACUUGGAUGAAGCCACCCGCGAGGGUGAGCCUGCUGAUGCUGCUGGUGCAUUCGACCUUGACGAAACCAAGGUUGAGGUUGAGGUUGAAGUCGAUGAAGGCGAUACAACGGAUGCGGGUGAGGAUGAGCCUUACCCACUUGGCUCUCACCCAUGCCGCGAGUGCGCAGCAGUCGUUGCCAAUGGCAUGCUGUUCUGCCUCCGUUGCAAGGCUCCCCAGACGGAUGACUCUAAGAAAAUCACAAAGCGAGUCUUUGAGAAUUCGAGACUCCGCCAGCGCCUUCUUGCCACCGCUGCGACCGGAGCCCAGAAGCCCAUCGAUGAUCUCCUUGCGAGUGACCUUCGAGGCCUGGGCGAGGGACCAAAGAAACGUGGUCAGAUGAGCGCAGAGGCUGCCGCCAUUCGUGACGCCAAAGACCGAAAGAUCAGGGCCGCCAAGUUGAACUUUGACACCGUGUCCGACCGCUUCGAGAAGGACGCGCAGUUCAACGUGAGGAUGAUGCAAGAGGGCCGCAACUUCGAGGACAUGCAGAAAUUCGAUCACCUGUCGAACGCUGUGCUUCCCGAUCCAGGACGCAGCGAGGAGCAGCGCUACUUGCGUGCCGGCUCCCAUAUGGUGGUGGCAACGAACUUGCGGUUUAUCGAUGAUACCGCGGAUGUCCCCAUCGGCUUGACCUACCUCGGUGCAUUCCUCCCUCCGCGACUUUAUGCUGAGGUGGCAGCAGUGAACGAUGCUGCGAAAAGGAUCCUGACUUUCGACGGCGAGGUCUAUGUGUCGGCUACCACAAUUGAAGGCAUCACAACUGAGAUCGGGCAGAUUCUUACCGAUAGCCUCCGUAGUGCUCAGAACCAGACAGACCAAACGGAACGUUUGGCAGAGCGCAAUCGCCAGGCCGCAGUCCAGAACCGCCCAUCCCAAAAGGGACGUGGUCGCACGACAGCACCUGAGCCAAUGUACAGAGGCUAUACUCAGGCCCAGUGGGACGAGUACUAUCGCCAGCGUCGUGGAGGUUACACUCAGGCCGAGUGGGAUGCAUGGAACCGCACCCAUAGGCGCUGA